AAGCUUCAGAUAUUUAUAGUUCUGGAAUAAUUAUGUAUGAAGUAAUUUCUGGGUUACCUCCAUAUCACGAUAUCAGCCAUGAUCAAUAUUUAGCAAUAAAAAUUUGUCAAGGACUUAGACCAAGAUUUAAUAUUAAAGUACCCCAAUUUAUUAUUGAUUUAGUUAAAAAUUGCUUAGAUGCAAACCCAUUAAAUCGACCAACAGCAAAAGAAAUUUAUGAAAUUUUUAACCCAUGGAGUUUAACAGCAGAAUUACGAGAACAAAUUAGUAAAGCGGACGAAAUAAACAACAAUUCAUCAAAUAAUAAAAUACUUUCAACUAAUUUAGGAUUAUCAUAUAAAACACAUUCGGAAGCUUUUUAUGCGAGUAGAUUGCUUAAUUUUGAUAAUCUUCCUGAACCAAAAAAUUCCGACGAUUAUUAUGAACAUAAUGAUAAUAUAAUAAGCAAGGAAUUUUCAGAAUCUUUACAAAUUGAUAUUGCUCAAUUGAA